CUUCGACCGGGUGGCCGACGUCGUCGAAGACAUCUGCUUUCGUCCUCCAGCAGCCACUGCAUACCUUUACCUUCCACUUCGUCGAAACUCAUGGAGAAACGACUCUUGCGGGUCCUAUACACAGUCAACAAUUCUCCUCAGUAUAUUCUCGCACGCUCACUUUGUCCCGUUACCGUUUCUUUUUUGUGGCCAACCGAUGGGCAGAAUGCAGGUGGCAUCGAAUAUGCAAGUGUGUCACUAAAAGCCUGUAUUGAAACCCUCUGCACCACCAGUCCGGAGCUCUUACAGAGUGAUAACCGCGACUUCUCGGUAUACGUUCUGGACCCUCUGGAGUCGGAAAGCGCUCCCGGGCGAGUCAAUAUCUCUAAUGAGUCUGAGGGAACCCAAACGGCUGAAGAGCAGGUUCUGGGUGUUGCAGUGGGACUGGGCUUGAUGUCAUGGGCGCUUUCAGCAGAUGAUGAGGGAGCACUCGUCAAUGGCACAUUAACUCGAACUGGAUCUGGGCAGGAGGCGCUUGAGGUUGUACUUGCCCUUCGUGAAACGACGCGCAUAGAGAAGGCAUCGUUUCCUGCUGCCAUACAGUCUUGGAAUAAGAAGAGCGCUAAAGCACAGGGUAAGCAGCCGGAGGUCGACACGGCGGCUACCAUUGCCGCUAUUUUGAACCGACCCAAGAAAUCUAGAACGACGAAGAAUGCUGAUGCAUUGCAAGCGCUACCCGAAUCAGAGAGGAUCUAUAGAUCUUCUUCAGUAUAUAUCGGACCACCGAAGAAAAAGCCUCCAAAUUCUGCUAUGUUCGGCAGGGCACUUUCGACCCCGGCCCCAGCCUCCAUAGAUGCUCCUACUCUGGCUGCUGUCCAUACGGAUACCACAGCAUUAAGUAGUGCUGCUAAGUCUGUCCUUCUUCCGACCGUCUCAACGCAACCUACGAUUAUGACGUCUACACUACCUACAUCUGUUCCUUCAACGACUUCUUCGUCAACUGUCAAGAAGAAAAAGACGAAAAGACGGAAUCGAUCGCCAGAUCAACCGCUAUUUACUCGUGCCACCCCUUUCAAGCGCACAGCUUCCGAACCGCUUCCCAGCCCUAAUAGUACGAUGCCUCAGACACAAUCUCUCACCGAUAUUUUUUUCCAGCUAGCGUCCACUCCUGCCAAUAGCACUCAGAAUGCUGCCCUACUUGCUACCAUAAAUGCUAUUGACUCGGGCAAGGGCAUUGAUGAUAACCCAGCGUUAGUCCGGGCCUUACAGGACCUUGUUACAGCGUGGCAAAUGACACCUUCUGAGUCUGGCAGGACGGCCCCAUUUCAACCUUCCAAUCAGCGAAUUCCUUCUGACGACGGCGUCGCUAUAGACAAAGAAAAUGUCAAUCCAUCUUCUUUCAGGAGACGCGUUGACCAAGACGUAAAGGACUCCAAACCAUCACAGACCUCGACAGUCCCACAACGGACAAAUCUUAGCGGCCAUCUACAUACAGACGAGAAUUCGUGGCCUGUCUCCAGUGUGAACCAAGGUAACGGCGGUUAUAUUUCGAGGAAACGCACUCUGGAUGAGUUCAUGGAGGAUCGCGAGUCUCAGUUGGAAAGACGUCGACGACCCACAUCAUCUAACAUGAUCCCUUUCUCGUCCCCUCCACGAUCUCGGCUUUCUCAGACAGAACCUGGGGGUUCCAGAGGGCGCCCAAUAUGUAUUCCCGAUUCACCUCGGGCACCGAAGAUCGCUGCGUCUUCCCCGGUUAGAGAUGGCACUCAAUCAACCGCGCGCCGAAAGUAUGUAGUCCCAGAUUGGGCUCGUACAGAUACUGCCAUGCGACCGAGGCUUUCUGAGGAAGUCCAACGUGCGUUGAAGGAGGCGGAAGACAGAAAACAGGCGGAGUGUGAAGAGAAGAGACGAUUAGAACGAGAACGACGUAGAGCUAGCAGAGCACAAGGUCGACAGCACCGUGAAAAUACAGAAAGCGACGCGCCAACCACUGCUACCAAUGUAAAAUCAUCAUCUCCUCUUCGGCCCAUCGCCGCUGUCAACACUGGUUUUGCUCUGGUUUCGACCACGUGCGAAAUUCAUUCUGUGUCCAGUUUUUUAACAGGGUCAAGGUCACAGACACCGCCACCCAGCCAGAACAUGGCGCCUCCAUGCACACCUCCCAGGAGGAGGCCUCUCGACUCUCCAUCGACGCCUGUCGGUUCAUCUCUCUUUACUCCGCUCGCCGAUUCUUGGAAGAGCCCUUUGGCAGGCCCCUCUGCAUCACCUUCAUACGGUGCAACAGGAAAACACGCUUCGGAGGAUAAGGACCUUAGCGAAGAGCCCGAAAGCGCCUUCGAAGAGCUUAACUCUCUCCCGCCAAGCUCUUUACCUGACGACGAUGACAACGAAGCCGCACCCGAUAUGGAACACGAGCCUGUUCCCAGCAAUACGAAGCAGUUUUGGCAAGGUCUUCCACCCUCUUCACCAAUACAGUCGAGCAGUCCUCUUGAGGAUGAAGACGACGAUAGCGAUCGUGAAAUUCCCAUAGCCACUUCAGAUGCUGAGGAUGGUGGGGAUGGAGAAGAUACGUACACAGACAUGGAGAGCCAGCCCCUCUGUUCUACAUCCAAAGAAGCAGUCCCUUUACCUGCAAAUCCUCCAGCGCCUGAUGAAAACGGGGUCGCUAUUCCUCCCUGGCAGGAUCAGCCCGGCGUGGAUAUGGACAUGUACAACAUGUUCACCAACGUAGACUAUGGACGUAGCACGACUUUCGCCCCGGAGGGACUUGAUCUAACCGAGUUUAUGGAAUCUAUGAAGCCGUUGAUCCAGAAUCAGCUGGAUCAUAGCUCGAAUGGGCAGGGGGUCUUUGAUUUUAAUUGGAUACAUUCGGGUGAGAGCGAGCUGGAUCCUACUCAGUUGGCAGCGUCCGUGCAGGAGCUGUUUAGUGGGUGCUUGAUGUAACGAGUAGUACAAUUUGCUGCAUAGAACGCAUUAUACCACAUUUACUUAUCAUCUCAUCACAACACAACAUUUCGAAAGGUUUUUUUGUGCUGUGUACCCAGACUUCAGCGACGGAUCGGCAAUAAUACUUGCCAAAGUUCUAGGUGCUUCAUAUGUACGAUAUGGUACAAUCAUGUUUAGGUUCCUGAUUCAAGUCCGUGUUUGGUUCAUACUCAAACUCAAGCUAUAGUACAUCACACAUUCUGGCGAGAAACC